GGACCUAAACUUAAGUUGAAAAACAGCUUCGUGGGUGCAUAUACACCAAAUGGAACCCCUGGCUUCACACGCUAACAUACGCCUUCGUCCUUCCCUCUCAUUUCUCUCUUUGUUACUAUGGCUGCUGUUCAUCUUCCCAGUCUCAAUUUCUCAGAGAAACCAUCUCCGAUUAGCUGCUGCUUUAAUACCUCAAUUAAGGCGCUAAUCACAUAUCCCUGUGUACCUAAGCUCAAUCCGAUUAAGGGCAAACGGAGGACUUCAAAUUUAAUUUGUCGAGCUGCUGCUUCGUCCGUUGCUGUUCGCAAUAUCGAUGCAGAUGAUUUUCGACAUCCUCUGGAUAGACAAAAUACGUUGAUUUUGAGAGCGAUCCCGGGGUUAAAUGAAAUCGGAAAGGCUUUAUUAGGAACUGUUGCCGAGCAAGUCAUGCUUCUGGAGAAUAUAGGAACAUCUGUUCUUGUUUCUGGAAAUCAGCUCCCUGAACUUCAUCAAUUGAUGGUAGAGGCUGCCAGUAUACUGAACAUUGACGCACCCGACUUAUAUUUGCGCCAAAGUCCUGUGCCGAAUGCUUACACUCUGGCUAUCAGUGGGAAAAAGCCAUUUGUUGUCGUUCAUACAAGCUUAGUGGAGCUUUUGUCAAGAAAGGAAUUGCAGGCUGUUUUGGCUCAUGAAUUGGGUCAUCUGAAGUGUGACCAUGGUUUAUGGCUCACUUACGCUAAUAUUCUAACUCUCGGAGCGUAUUCUAUACCUGGCCUUGGCGGUUUGAUUGCUCAGCAAUUAGAAGAACAGCUCUUCCGCUGGCUUCGAGCAGCAGAACUUACUUGUGAUAGGGCCGCCCUUCUUGUUGCUCGGGACCCAAAGGUUGUCAUCUCCGUUCUGAUGAAAUUAGCUGGUGGCUGCCCCUCUAUGGCUGACCAAUUAAACGUGGAUGCCUUUUUGGAUCAAGCUCGAUCUUAUGAAAAGGCUUCUUCUAGCCCAGUUGGGUGGUAUAUAAGGAAUGCUCAAACGAGGCAACUUUCCCAUCCUCUCCCGGUUCUGCGUGCACGUGAGAUUGAUGAAUGGUCCAAAAGUCCAGAGUAUCAAUCUCUUCUAAAGCGAUUGAAGUGGGUCAACUCAGUGCAAAAUGUAUAACGUUGGAUUUUUGAACUAUUCCAGAGUCUUUUGUACAGAUUCUUGAAGCAAGAUUGAUAAACAUGGAGCUGCACUAAGUGUUACACUGUUACUCAAUUUGAGUAAUGUGGGUUUAAAGUUAAUAGAAUAGAAUAUCACAGCGGUUAUUACUCCGUAGAUACAGCAUACAGGUUGGGGUUCUCCCCAUCAGUUUGGAUCAAAUAUAGCGAAGCUAUCGAACAAUGUUUUUCCUGACAUUUCUGUAUACGAUAUUACAUUGUAUAUAAUAUGUUACGAGUGUUA